UCCGGCUUAAUUCGUAGUCAGCGGUCAUCGUAUUCGUAUCUGUCCAAUUCGCGGUCGGUCUAUGUGUUUCUCAAUUCAAAUCGUAUAAACAAAGUGAAAUAAUAUCUGUGCUGUUUAAGGCUAUCCCUAAGGGGCCCAGCGCGAUGGCUAGGAUAAAAAACAAUUGCGUUUUGAUUGGAAUCAUCCUGACUGUGUUAUUAACAAUAGCAGCAAAUGCCGAAAACACUUGCAAUCUAGGAUGUCCAAAAUCGGACGAUGGACUAUUGAAAUACACACCUGGCAAUUUCUAUGACUACUCCUUCGACAGUAUUUUAACAAUUGGACUGAGUAGCGGGGUUUUUAGCGAAUCCGAUGACACCAGUCUCAAAGUGUCCGGGUCAGCGAAAAUUUUUUCGAAAGGAAACUGUGGGUAUACGCUACAGCUCAGUGCUGUGAAGGUGUCCAACACGAAAGAGUCCGUGGAGAAGAAAAUUUUGAACAGCAUUCAGAAGCCAGUGCAGUUUACACUGGUCAGUGGACUUCUGGAGCCGCAAAUUUGCUCCGACUCCAGCGAUUUGGACUACUCGCUGAAUAUUAAGCGUGCAGUUAUUUCAUUGCUGCAAUCGGGAACAAAGGCGGAACAUGAGGUUGACGUAUUUGGCCAGUGUCCCACACAUACUUCAACAUCCAAAUUAGGUAACGCGAAUAUAAUUACAAAGGUUCGCAACUUAAACAGCUGUGCACACAGGGAGCAAAUAAACAGCGGUCUGGUGUCCGGAAAAGUGAACGAAAAAGCUGGGAUUACGUCCAGUCUGCUGUUACAGGCGAAUUAUAUAAAAGAGUCAAAGAUUGUGAACAGUCUAAUUGAAAACGUUCAGCUGACGGAAACAUACAAGUUUAUUGGGACCACUAAGGGAAAUUCCGAAAUCAGUGCAAAGGUAGUAACAACACUAAAACUUAAAAAUCCUACCGGGGCCAAAGCAAACUCACCAGCUACAGGAUCCACUGUCAGAAGCGUGAUUUUCCAGAGACCAGAAACCUACACAUCCAAAAAUAUAAACGCUUUGAAAACGGCACUAUCAGACCUUGUGGACUCAACAGGCGAUUAUGUAAAAAAGGAAAGCGGAAAGAAGUUCGUUGAGUUUAUUAGGUUGCUCCGUCAAUCCGAUAGUGAGACUUUAUUAGAACUGGCUGCAUAUCCCCAUCCGAAUAAGGUCCUGGCCCGCAAAGUGUACUUGGAUGGCUUGUUCCGCACGAACACCGCAGAAUCAGCUAGAGUUGUACUAAAGCAGCUGGCUAAAUUUGAUGAUAAGGAGAAGUUACUAGCCGUACUGUCGCUAAACUUGGUGAAAAGCGUGGACAAGGAAACACUUAAUCAAGCGGCUGCUCAGCUUGUAUUGAACGCGCCCAAGGAAUUAUAUCUAGCUGUCGGUAACUUGGUUGCUAAAUUUUGUUCAGGAAAAAAUUGCCAAGGACCUGAAAUCGAAGCCAUAUCUAAAAAGUUUUCGGAUGGCCUGAAGCACUGUAAGCCAAAUACCAAAAAGGAAGAAGAACGCAUCGUGUAUAUUCUUAAGGGAAUAGGAAAUGCUAAGAGCCUAGGUGGCAACACGGCGGCUGUCCUUAGUGAGUGCGUCUCCACAGGCCGGUCUAAUCGGAUACGUGUAGCAGCAUUGCAGGCAUUUUCAACCAUUGAAUGCAAUGGGUCGCUACAAACCAAGUCGUUGGAAUUACUCAAGAACCGCAACGAGGAUUCUGAGUUGCGCAUCGAAGCCUAUUUGUCCGCGAUUUCAUGUCCCAACGCAGAAGUGGCUAAUCAAGUUUCUGAUAUAGUCAACUCCGAAACGGUUAACCAGGUCGGUGGCUUCAUUUCGUCUAAUUUAAAGGCCAUUCGCGACUCGACAGAUGCCAGCCGAGAGCAGCAAAGGUACCAUUUGGGAAACAUUAGAGUGACUAAGAAAUUCCCUGCGGACUACAGGCGAUAUAGUUUCAACAAUGAGGUUUCAUACAAACUGGAAUCCCUUGGCGUUGGAGCCAGCUCUGAUUACCAAUUAAUAUAUUCGCAACAUGGAUUCUUGCCCCGGUCAUCUCGUAUCAAUAUAACAACUGAAAUUUUUGGAACUAACUUCAACAUAUUCGAAGCAAGCGUACGACAAGAAAAUCUUGAGGAUGUGUUGGAAUACUAUCUCGGACCAAAAGGGUUGUUAAACAAAGAUUUUGAUGAAAUUGUCAAGAUCAUUGAAGUUGGAAACAGCGCAGCUGCUGGAGCUGGUGGUCGGGCCCGACGCUCAAUAGCCGAAGAUGUUGCUAAGACAUCGAAGAAAUAUAAAACCUAUGGUAGCAAAAAUGUGCAAGAUCUCAAUUUAGAUAUAUCAUUGAAGCUCUUUGGCUCGGAAUUGGCAUUUUUAAGCCUUGGUGACAACAUACCAAGUACACUGGAUGAUAUCAUAAAUUACUUCUCAGCUUCGUUUGAAAAAGCAAAACAGGAAUUAUCUUCGUUUGAAAAGCAACUCAGCAGUCAUCACCUAUUCCUCGAUACAGACUUUGCCUAUCCAACUAGUAUUGGAGUACCUCUGGAACUCGUGGCUCAAGGCUUUGCAGCUACCAAGAUUGAUCUUGCUGUUAACCUUGAUAUCAAUGCAAUUCUUGAACAGAACUGGCAGAAGGCCAAGUAUAGGUUAAAGGUGGUUCCAAGUGUUGAUGUUAAUGUCAACCUUCAAGUGGGCUUCAAUGCCCAAGUACUGUCCACCGGCCUCCGUGUGGUAUCAUCUGCGCAUUCCGCGACUGGAAACGAUGUAACCGUAGCGGUUAUCAAGGAUGGGGAAGGCUUUAAUCUCGACGUCGAACUGCCACGUGAAAAACUUGAGCUUAUUGAUAUUAAAAUUGACACAGAACUUUAUGUAGCCGAGCAGGACAAACAAAAAGCAGUUGCUCUUAAAGGAAGCAAGAAGAAUAAGAAUUCUCAGCCCAGUGAGAUAUGUUUUAACCAAUUGGAAGUCGUUGGCCUAAACAUUUGCAUUGAGAGUUCAACGAGCUUGAGUGAUCUUCAAGUUGGCAACGGUAAUGAUGCAGAGAGGGGACUUGCUAUUUCGGACCAAUUUCAUUUAUCUAAACCAUUCAGCUUGGCCAUUUACAUGACUGCUGAACGCAAAUUUACCUUCAAAGGAGUUCACACAAAUGAGCCUGCCGGCCAGAAGUGGAAGCUAGAUUAUUCCACUCCUGGAUCCAAAGUUUCUCAUGACACAAGUGUUGUUUUCGAGCUUGGAUCAAAGCCUAGGACUUAUGGUAGAUUAUCCUUCGAUAAUUCCCAAUACCACUUUGGAGUUGAAGCUGGUGUAAACAAUGACAAUAGCGAAUUGGUGUUAUAUGGUCAGUACGAACAAGAUAGGGACAUAAAGAAAAGUAAGAUCGGCCUUAGCAAGCACGGAAAUGAAUAUAAGCCUUUGAUUGAAAUUCAAGACAAUAAUGGUAUCUCAAACAGCAUAAACGGGUAUCGCGCAGAUGGUAAAAUUGUUGUUAAGAAAACCAGUGAUAGGCUAACAAGAUAUAAUUUUGAAAACUUCCAAGUGUCGAAUGCGAACAACGCCCGUAUAAUUGUAAAUGGAUGGACUGAUGUUGGACAAAGUUCAUUGAACUCUGAACUUCGUAUCGCUUCAGACCAGCAGUCAUUCUUGAUCAAGGGAAAUUUCGAACUGGAGAACGGUCAGUAUGCAGCAGGUUUCUUUAUAAACGAUGAGCGAACACCCGAAAGUGUGUAUGGAAGCUCUGUACACUUGACAAUAGCUGAUCAGUCGUAUGCCCUUAAGGCUAAUGGCAAAGCUGCGAGUUGGUCCAUUGAUAGCGAUGUUGGUUUUAAGUUCCAAAGAGACAGUGAUUCCAAUUCUUUACGUUCAGGUUCACUUGUGCAAAAUGUGGAAGUCCAGCAUAAAAAUAAGCGAGUGGGAGCAGUUAAGGUAAAGUCCACUUUUGACGUAAAUAAAUUGGAUCUCGACGUGGAAAUUUUACGUGAGCAAAAAAUCGGUUCUCUUGACGUCAAAUACAAGAGCAAUCAGCGACACGUGCAAGACUAUUCCCUGGAGGCCAGUGCAAAACUCAACAAAUACUCUAUCGAUGUUGUAUCCAAAUGCGAUUUUAACGGAAACACUUAUGUUGUCGACAACACUAUUACAACUAGUUGGGGAACUGUGCUAUCUGCGAAGGGUGAAUUAGGCCAACGAUACACUGCCCAAGACAUCAAAGUUGACCUUCAGGGCAGUGUUCAAGUAAGUGAUAAAGACAAAUCUACCCAAUGGACACUCAAAGUAGUAGGCACCCCUGACAAAACCAGCAGUGACUUCAGGAUUAGCCGAGAUUCCGCGGAGCUUGUCAAAUUAACUGGUGAGUCUCAGCAUCCACAAGACAAAAUAUCCGCGGCAAAGCUUAAUCUUAUUGUUAAGAAUCAAUUAACUGCUAAAGGCGAGUUCCGCGUAGCGAAAAAUGGCAAGGGUGACUUGACGGCCACAUUUGAAACUCUAAAGACUGAACCGAAGCAUAAACUAGAAGUUGAAUCCAAAUUUCACAUUCAAGCUCCCAAAUACGAUAUUGAUACGAGCAUAACGCUAGAUGGAGAAAAGAAAUUGCACUUUAAGUCUGAAAACACCAUAGAUAAGUUAAAGUUUUCUACUAAAAAUAUUGGCGAGUCAAACGACAAAAAAAUUGCUUUCGAUGCCAGUGGAAGUGUUAAAGGAGAAUUGCGAUCAAAUGGCGAAAUACAAGGAACUUUUGCAUUUACCACUCCCGAUGGGCGAGUCAUAGACGGUAGUGUCAAUCGUAAGUCUUCAACAAAUGCCAAAACUGGUGUGGUUCAAGGCAACAUGGAUGCUCAUAUUAGUGAUACACCAUCUGGCAGUAACAAAAAAAGAUCAAUUACACUAAAGGGAAAACUGGACCGGCUUAAUCCUAAAACAAAGGAAUUUUCCGCAAGUAAUUCGUUAGUAUACACGGCAUUGGAUGGAGAGAAGUCUGAGCUAAGCUUCCAAAUUAAGCAGCAACUUAACGGCGAAGCUAAAAACUUGGAUAUUAACCUUAGAGCCAACGGAAAUCCACUUCCUCAACCCAUUGAGGCUGCAGUUGUCUUAGGCGAGUACAGUGCUCAGCACGCUUUGGUUAGCAUCACUACUAAAUAUGGGGAGCUCUUCUCAAUUAGUGCAAAUGGAAAGUACGAUAACAAGCAAAACAAUUUACCAGCUGCAUAUGAGUUCCAAGCUAACGUCGAAAUCCCAAAAUCCAGCUUAAAGUCCGUGGAAAUUAAAAGUCAUGGAAGCCUGUUAAAACCAUCUACGGGUGAUAGCAACGGUGCCUACAAAAUUGAGUUUUUCUUGGAUUCAAAAACCGGCCAGGGACAAUAUGCUCGUGUCAACACACUAUGGAACGGUACGCCUAAUGAUGGAAAAUAUGAUUUUGAAGCCCAAACCAAUAACAUGGAGUCUCCAUUGAAAUUCAGUGGCAACUACCAGCGGGAGCAAACAGGCAGCUUAAAAGAUGGUGACCUUAACGGCAAGCAAAAGUACAUAUUUAAUGCACAGUAUGGAAAGCAAUACGUAAAGACGGACGCAUCUCUCUCUUUUGGGGCCGAGAAAGUAGAUAUAAUAUAUGUGCUUGAUUCCAGCUUCGAAUCUGCAAAGGACAUCAACGUUAAUAUCCGCACUCUUAAGUCUGUUGACGACUCGACGUAUGAAGUCAGUGUACAAGCCAAACAGGCUGAUAAGUCAUACGGUUUGGACACAAAAUUGUAUCGGGCGACCCAUAAGAAAGGUGUAGAUAUUCGUUUGAAUUUGUUAAAGGAAAAACCUAUUAUAAUCACGAGUAUUGCCGAAGUGUUGGGAGAGCGAAAGGGAAAGGUUACCUUUGAAGUAGAAAACUUGGCUGAAUUGGACAUAAAAUUAAGCAGCGAAGCUUCGUACGUCAGCAUUGACGAUUUCUAUCUUGUUGGCAGUUGGAGCUCGAAGAAAUUAAAACUUGAUGGUUACGAACUUGAAGCACGCGCUCAGGGUAAGAAUAUUAAAGUGCAACUUAAGAACGUGAGUGGCGUAAUAUUCCUAGGAACAGCCACAUAUGCUCUUAAAAAGGAACAAAAUAAGGCUAUUAUUGAUGGUCAAGGCCAAGUGCAGUAUCAAGGAAAAUCACAUAGUGGUAGUUUUAAGUUGACCCGCCAGCACUUUGAUGUUAACACGGAUAAGGAGGUUGGUUUCUCGUACACGUUCAAUGGUAAUUUUGGAAACAAAAACGGCCUAUCCACAAUUAAGAUUACAAACAAGGAAUUCAACACGAAGUUCUCCAUUUGCGAAGAAAAGAGACAAUGCACAAACAUUCAAGUGCAAUCACUUGUAAGCAUAGAUGAUCAAAAACUGGAUGGCGUGGAACACUCCACCCUAAUCCUGGUUGAUCUCCGUGAGCUUGGAUAUCCAUACGAGUUUGAGUUAAAGUCCCAGAAUACACGCCAAGGAUUUAAGUACCAAUACCAUCUAGAUAGUUUUAUUAUAACCGGAAAUAACUUGAAGUACCAACUAACAGCAAACGUUCAGCCCACGUCAUCCACUGUUAAACUAACUCUUCCAAAACGUCAAGUUUUGUUCGAAACCGCGCAGAAAAUACCGACGGAUGGAAAUAUUUUUGGCCAUUAUGAGCAAUCGGCUUCAUUCUUUAUUGACAAGCUGCAAAGACCCGACGAUGUGGUCCGUGUUUCUGCUAUUCUUGACGUUUCGGGCAAAGAACGCGUUGCCCUAAACGCCAAUGGUGAAAUUAAGCUUGAGCACCCAACUAUUCGCCCAUUGAGUAUUUCGGGAAGGCUUAAUGGUAAUGUAGAUCAACAAGUCGCAAGUGCUGAAGUAGUAUUUGAUAUUUUCCGAAUUCCGGAACAAAAGGUUAUUGGAAGCAGCGAAUUGCGUAAUUCGCGUUCCAGCAAUGGCUUCAACAUUGCGUCUACUACAACUGUCAAGUCUGCUGGACUUAAGUUCCAGUACCAAAUAAACACCAACGCGGCAGUUGAUACUGAGGCCCAGGAGUACAAUUUUGGCCUGGAACUCAAUAAUAACGGAGACAUCAAUGUUAAGGCGAUAUCGGUUUUGAAUAAGGAAAAGUUGGAAAUCUCUUUAAGCGAAUCAAAUAAGCAGAUAAUUCAAAUAGUUGGCGACAUUAAUAGGCAAAAACGAGUUGCAAAAUUUACAACGAAGGUCCAAGUUCUUGAUAAAACUCCAAUUGAAAUUGCCAGCGAGAUACAACCUACUUUUGCUAAGAUUUCACUAAAGCGUCAGGAUUUCAUUGACGGCAAUGCAGAAAUCAAAUUGGGCAAGGAAUUCAAAUUUGAUGUUUCUGGUAGCGGCAAACCAUUAUUCAACGGGCGUGUGGCUUUGGAUGCAACCAACUUUUUGCAAACUAACUAUGUUUUUAAUGACGACGAGGUUAAUGCCUUCUUGCUUAACGCUGAAACCGAAGUUAAUAAAGAUUCGGAAUAUAUUGCUAAGAACAUCAAAGAGCGUUUCGAAAAACUACGGCAAGCCACUGAUAAAAAUGUUAAAUUGGCAAAGGAAGCUACUCCUGAUUUCUCGAAACUGAAGGGUCAAUUGGUAGAAAAUUCAAAGGGUCUCAUUCAAGAGCUUGAGGCAGAUCCAUCAAUCGCACCGAUUAUUGAUGGCAUACGUACCGCAUUUGAAAAAAUAACCGGAAUAAUUGAUGAUUUAAGCAAGGCAAUAUCGGAAACCUUUGAAAAGAUUCAAAAGUCGUUUGUUGAAAUUUAUGAUAAGCUGCAAGCUCUUUGGAAGGACUCGCUCCUCAAAGCGUGGGAAGAUUUUGUUUUGACUGCAAACAAACUAAUUGGUACUCUGCGUAAUGAAUUAAUCAAGGCUUACACAAAGACAGUUAAAAAUCUUCUUUCUGCGCUGGAGAAGUAUGGACCGGCACUGAAAAACUAUGGAAAAGCUGUCGCUGAAACUUUGAAACCAAUCAAUGAUGCGGUUCAAGAAGUAGUUAAAGUUGUGGUUCACGCGGUUGAAGGUAUAGUCGAAGAACUUAAACAGUAUGCCGCGAGCCUUCCAUCAUUUGAGAGUAUUCGUAAUGAAGUUAAUGACAAAGUUAAAACCCUUAAACUCAUUGAAAAGGCUACAGAGUUUGUGAACAGUCUUUUUGAUCAGUUGAGCAUUCUACCGCAAACUCCAGAGACUACUGAGUUCCUUCAAAAACUGCACGAUUACUUAAGCGCAAAAUUAAAGCAACAACCAAUUAAUGACGAAAAGUCUCUUGAAGAACUCGGUAAGCUUUUAAUUAAGGCCGCACGCUCCAUUUGGGUCUCGAUUAAGACCUCUGCUCCAGGGUCAUCUGCCCAUGCAAUUGAUUUCCAAACAUGGUUCGGUUCUCUGACGCAUUCCUUGGAUUCCCUUGCUGUUCUUCCAACCAUUCUUUCAUUCCGAUCCAGUACUUUAAAUUAUCUGCUAAAUGAAAAUUGGGACACUGUAUUUAACAAAAAUAUACUAAAGUCAUGGAUAUUCUUUAAUGACUUUGAGCUUCGAGGUCAUGUCGUCGAUGGGCAGCACAUCUUCACUUUCGACGGUCAGAAUUUCGCAUAUCCUGGAAAUUGCAAGUACAUCCUAGCCCAAGACAGCGUGGACAAUAACUUCACAAUAAUCGGUCAACUUGCAAAUGGAAAGCUAAAGGCCAUCACGCUUGUCGAUCGGGAUGGUAACUAUGCCGAAGUAGCCGACAAUGUGGCCCUGAAGAUAAACGGAAACCCAGUUGAGUAUCCUCAGCAAUUAUCUGGUCUUCAUGCAUGGCGCCGAUUCUACACCGUUCACCUGCACUCUGAGUACGGAGUUAGUGUAGUGUGCACCACGGAUCUGAAGGUCUGUCACUUCAACAUUAAUGGAUUCUAUACAAGUAAGACGCGGGGACUUCUCGGAAACGGCAACGCAGAGCCAUACGAUGACUUCUUGCGAAUCGAUGGCACGAUUGCCGCAGACUCUGCCGCCCUGGGCAACGAUUACGGAGUUGGGAAGUGUGCAGCGGUUGCGUUUGACAAUGACCAAGUCAGUAGCCCGAAAAGAGAGGACAUCUGUAGUGAGAUAUUCGGAAUCGAAUCACUCCUUGCCUUCCAUUUCCCUACGGUUGACUCCAGACCUUACCGCCAGGCGUGUGACAUUGCCCUUGCCAAAACAGCUGAAAAGGACAGGGAGGCUACUGCGUGUACGUUUGCGCUGGCCUACGGUUCUGCUGUCAAGCAGCUCCACAGGUGGGUACUGCUGCCACCGCGCUGCAUCAAGUGCGUUGGACCAGUAGGACAACGCGAUCUUGGAGAUGAGUUUACUGUCAAGCUGCCAAACAACAAGGCGGACGUUGUGUUUGUCGUUGAUAUCAAUGUGACGCCCGUGGUCCUGUCCAACCUAAUAGCGCCUGCCAUCAAUGACAUUCGCGAGUCGCUUAGGAGCCGUGGUUUCACAGAUGUCCAAGUCGGUGUUGUUGUAUUUGACGAGUCGAAGCGUUACCCCGCCCUGCUCACAAGCGAAAAUGGGAAAAUCAACUACAAGGGAAACUUGGCCGAUGUAAAGCUAAAUGGAGUGAAGAACUUCUGUGACGAUUGCGUCGAGCAGAUUAUAACUGAAAAACGAAUUUUGGAUAUUUACAACUCACUUAAGGAAAUAGUCAAGGGCAUUGCACCUCAGGCCGAUGAAAAGGCGUUCCAAUUGGCAUUGGACUAUCCAUUCCGUGCUGGUGCAGCCAAGAGCAUUAUCGGUGUCCGAAGCGAUUCUCUGGAAUAUAAAAAUUGGUGGAAAUUUGUUCGAGCUCAAUUAACGGGAUCCGUUACCAAAUUUGACGGUGCGCUUCUUCAUCUUAUUGCCCCAGUAAAGGCGCUUUCACUGGAAGGAGUACCAGCCGAAAAAUUAAUUGGCUUCAACUCUCGUUUGGUGGCCACUGUAGAUGGAAAAGACCAAAAGAAGCGAACCAAACUGCAAUUCGAUAAUGAUAUGGGCAUUGACUUUGUCCUCAAUAACGGCGGUUGGGUGUUUGCGACACAAAACUUUGACAAGCUAAAAGCAGCAGACCAAAAGAAAAUGCUAAACCAGAUUACAUCAUCCCUGGCAGAUACUCUCUUCAAGACCGAAAUCGUCAGCGACUGCCGCUGUCUGCCGGUCCAUGGAUUGCAUGGCCAACACAAGUGCGUCAUCAAGUCAUCGACAUUUGUUGCGACCAAAAAGCCAAAAGCUGCCUAAAAUGGUAUCAUGUACAUUGAACCUUAAUCCAUUAAAAUGAAAAAUCUUGCACCUAAAAUAUAAGUGAACAAAAUAAAUGAAUUAAAACGUAAAA